UAAGCUCUUGCAGAUAACGGUCAAAGUGAGAUUGUGCAGGAUGACGAGUGAGACUUGAGAUGCAAAGAAAUGGAUGAUUCUGUCAACUUGACCUUCACAAGUACUCAGCCUUGUCUAUUCUAGGCGCUGCAUACUUUUGCCACGGAUAUGCAGGUGUCUGCGAAAGUCUCGAGAUGUUGUUUGUCCAAUGUGGAAGCUGCGUGCGGCCAUGUGUUUUGGAAGUCUUUCCGUCAUCGGCAAUGACGGCAGUGAUCGGCGUGACAUUCAGCCAAGUUUCAGCCGCAUCUUGAUGAGCCUCAUCAUUCUUCCACCGCGAAGCUGGAGAGCAACCCGGUGUCUAGCCACUCGCGAUGUGAAAGUCAUCGGGUCUCUGUGCGGUGGACUUCCUCUCUCGUUCCCGAUGCAGCAUCAUCUGCGGUCGUGCCUAUACGCAUACAACGGUCUUCUGACGCGACCGACUCACCGAGCCAUAAGACACAUCGUUUCCAUCAUUGACCGGAUGCUCGCAGUCGCUGUAAGCUCUGCUGUUGAAGGGGUAGGAGAGUGCAGCAGCACAACAGAGCUGUUCUCGCUGCUAAGUCAGGUCUACUCGCAGCGGAAGCGUGGAGCAUGAAAGAGAAGAGACCGUACCGAAUGGUGAUGGGACUUUGUAGCCGAGGUGUGGAUGAAGAACGUGUCUUCACAGUUCCGACAAAUAAUUGUGAUCUUGAUGAGAUGGUCUACAAAGGCCUCAGUCUCAGAUAUAGCAUGUGGGUGAUUGGACGGUGAUGUCGUUAGGCUGCAGCCAUCCUGUGG